AUGCAGAAAACAAAGGUUGAUCAACAGUUCGGUAAGUUCUUGGCUAUGGUCAAGAAUCUCGAGGUAACAAUUCCUUUCAUUGAUUUAAUAUCUCAGAUUCCUAUGUAUGCAAAGUAUUUAAAGGAAUUAAUCACUAAGAAAAGGGAUCUUGGUGGUGUAGAGAGAGUGGCUCUAACUGAGGAGUGUAGUGCUAUGUUACAAAACAAGUCUCCUCCUAAAUUAAAGGACCCCGGUAGUUUCUCAAUCCCUUGUCAUAUAGGUGCUUUAUUCAUUGAUAAGGCUCUAUGCGAUUUAGGUGCUAGUGUGUCCGUCAUUCCCCUCUCUAUUUAUAAAAAGUUGAACAUGGGAGAAUUAAAAUGUACCACCAUUACUCUUCAAAUGGCCGACCAUUCUAUUAAAUACCCCUUAGGUGUUUUAGAAGACCGCCCCGUGAGAGUAGGUAAAUUCUAUAUUCCCGUAGACUUUGUUGUGCUUGACAUAGCAGAGGACAAUCAGAUUCCGAUAAUCUUAGGAAGGCCAUUCCUUCAUACUGCAGGGGCAGUUAUUGAUGUUAAGAAAGGGAAGCUAACCUUGACUGUAGGGGAUGACAAGGUGGCCUUUAGCUUGUCUCAUGAGAUGAAAAGUUCAAUGCAAGAAGUGUCGUGUUCUUUGAUUGCUUUUAAUGCUAAGUUGCCUAAUUCUUAUUCUAGAAAUCUUUCAAAUAAUGCACUUGGCUUGAAAGGGUUUGCAGGUGAUGAUGAUCCUGGAGAUGCAGUUGAUGCUAGUCCAAAAGUUGGAACAAGAGAUUCGGUACUCGAAGGCACCGGGUUUGGUGCCCCUAAUCGGUGA